CGUAUGACAGAGUAGUGCAUGUUGGGAUGGAUAAAGUGUCUGUAUGGGGAGAUUGUUAGUAAGGUGCAAGUGAAUGGGUGGCUAACAAAUGAGAUAGAGAUAAAAUCAGGUGUAAGGCAAGGAUGCCCAAUGUCACCAGUGCUUUUUGUAUAUGUAAUUGAACCUUGGAUAAGAAUGUUAAAGAAAGACAAAGUAGUGAGUGGGGUGGAAAUUCCUGGAAGUGGUGGGAGGAGUGUAGAUGUGAUUGCUUAUAUGGAUGACGUGACUAUAUUGUGUAAGAGUGAGGCUGGUUUAAGACGUGUUAAAUUAUUGAUUGAUAUUUUCAGUUUGGUGAGUGAUUUCAGAGUGAAUAUGAAGAAAAGUGUGUGUAAAAGAUUUGGUGAGUGGAAAGAAAAAGAUUUAAGUCAGUGGGAAGUGUGCAAGGGAGCAAUUGAAGUGUUAGGGAUUAAGUUCAGUGAGAAUAUUAAUGGGAGAGAAAGUUGGAUGGUGGUAUUGGAGAAGGUGAAUAAAAAAAUUGGCUUUUGGUCACUGAGAGUGUUAUCUUUGGAGGGAAAGAUUUUGAUAAUAAAGGCUGUAUUGAUACCGAUAUUAUUAUACGUAAAUAAUGUGUUUCCUGCUCCAGAUAGGAUUCUUAGGAAAAUCAUUAGAAACAUUAAGUUAGAAAAAUUAAAGCGACAGAAAAUUGUAAAAAAGAAAAAUAAAGGGGGGAAGAAUAUGGUGGAUAUAGAAAAAUUCUUAGCAGUAAAGUAUGUAAGUUCAUGUGUGGUUUUAAGUACAAAGGAGACUUUGGAUAUAGAAAAAUUCUUAGCAGUAAAGUAUGUAAGUUCAUGUGUGGUUUUAAGUACAAAGGAGACUUUGGCUGGGUGUAUGUUGAAGUAUUUGGCAGGAAACUCUUUAAGAAAAUUUGGUUUAUAUGAAACAAAUUUAAGGAAGCCAGUGUGUUUUGAAGGUCCAUGGUUCUAUGUGAGAAUAGAAAGGUAUAUAAGGAGAAAUGAGUUGCAAGGUAUAUCAAAGGCUGAGUGGAUGGAGAAAAAGAAAGUGAUUGGCAUUAUGGAAGGGAGACAAGAAUUGGAAGUAAUUGGGGGACUGAAUGAAGUAGAAAGUGUGAAUGUGUGGAAAAAUGUAAGCAAUAAAGAACUUACUCCUAGGCAAAAAGAUAUAGCGUGGUUGGCGGUACAUAAAUGUUUACCUACGAGGGAAUUUCAGAGGAGGAGAAGACUCGUCGAUAGUGAAACGUGCCCUAGAGAAGAAUGUAGAGGGGUGGAGAAUGUAAACCAUUUAAUGUGGGAGUGUGAUUUUGCCAAACAGGUGUGGAGAGGCUUAGGCAAAUUAAUAAAAGGACUGACUGGUGUGGAAUGGUUGACAUUUAAUAUGAUGUUAUAUGAUUUGACUAAUAUAGAGAAAGGGAAAGCAAGAAUAUUAUGGUUUAUAAUGUGUUGUGUUAAGUAAACUUUAUGGGAUGCCAGGAAUAUUUUGGUUUUCAAAAAACAAAAUUUGGGGGUCAAACAUUGUAUUAGAACUUUUUUUGUAUGGUUUACAUGACAAAAAAUUGAUGGGUGAAAAUAAUGCAGAAGGGAUAUGGACAUUUAAAAAGUGGAAAAGUUGGACAAAAGUUUGAAAAUUCCCUUUUGCAUAA